CCGUCGUCGAGAGCCCCGAAAGGCCAAAAAUAAAAAUGCGCUUAUAAAUAAUUCAAAUAAAACAUUUUGCCGGUGGCGCAGUGCAACAUAGUCAGCCAAACCUGCUGAGCUGCUUGGGGAACAUAAAAUGUCACUUAACAUAUUCUCGAUUAAUCAUUAACGUUUCAAUCAAAUCAGUGCGAAAAGCAAGUGAAUCUCGUUCGCCACCAUGGAUAGAACAAUGUACGGGAAGAUCGAUCCGGGUGCUAGGCAACCCUAUCGCACGGCUCGCAGCAAGGGUAUCCUGCCAGGAUAUGCUCUAUUAGCCGACCUGCAAAACAGUGUGCCAGGCCAGCCGCAGCAGCCCCAGCCGCAAUAUGGAACUGUCCAGCCCAAGCAUCAACCUCUGCAGCAACAGCAGUUCGUGGACAACACUCCAGGUUAUGGAAGUCUCAGGGGCAAAGCCCAGCCCCAGGUGUAUCAAGAGCACUACAGCGUAGAGACACGCUCUCCAACGGCAGUACACGAUUUCAAUGGCUCCUCCACGGCUCCGGGAUACGCUAACCAGGGAUCGCUGCCACGUCAGGCGGCGGGAGCAAGCACAGGACUCUCAGAACUGGACUCCUUGCUGCAGGAUCUGCAGAAAAUCGAUGUACCGGUCAACUACAGUACUCCAGUCUCGAAAUACAAUACGAUGAAUAGUUAUGCCACCGUGGAAGAACGUCCUUCAGUGGACAGCCUGCUGAAUGAACUGGACAAUGCUCACAUCUAUGCUGUUCCUAACGGAUCUGCGCAUAAAUCUCCGACGCCGGGACGCCAUGUCACCAUUACCGUUCGGGAAACGAAGACGGAGAAGUUGACGGGUCCAGAUGGACCAGUUGGCACUGUCGAGGAGCAAAUUGUGCAGCAGAAGGAUUCUUAUACGCCCAACCAUGCUGUUUCGGGACAACAGGUGCAUCAGGCCUAUACGUCGCAGGCCACCAAGGAACUGGAUGAUCUGAUGGCUUCACUCUCCGACUUCAAGGUCAGCAACGGAACGAACGGCAUCGGAAACGGCAGUCAUCCGCAACAGCAUUCGUCCACUGUGCAGCACCAGACGGUAACCGACUACGCCAGACCAAACAAGGGCAGCCAGCAGGCACAUCUCACCCAGACGAUCGAGGAGACGACCAUCGUCGAGGACAGUCGCGAGGAUCAGUUGGAUUCUAUGCUAGGCAAUCUACAGGCCAAUAUGAGUCGCCAAGGAGUCAAUACCGUGCAGAAGGGCUGCUGCAAUGCCUGCGAGAAGCCCAUUGUGGGCCAGGUGAUCACAGCCCUGGGCAAGACAUGGCAUCCGGAGCACUUCACGUGCAACCACUGCAGCCAGGAGUUGGGCACCCGCAAUUUCUUCGAGCGCGACGGCUUCCCCUACUGCGAGCCUGACUACCACAAUCUGUUCAGCCCGCGCUGCGCCUACUGCAACGGCGCCAUUCUGGACAAGUGCGUCACGGCGCUGGACAAGACCUGGCACACGGAGCACUUCUUCUGCGCCCAGUGCGGCCAGCAGUUCGGCGAGGAGGGAUUCCAUGAGCGCGACGGCAAGCCGUACUGCCGCAACGACUACUUCGAGAUGUUUGCCCCGAAGUGCAACGGCUGCAACCGCGCCAUCAUGGAGAACUACAUCUCGGCGCUGAACUCGCAGUGGCAUCCGGAUUGCUUCGUCUGCAGGGACUGCCGACAGCCCUUCCAGGGAGGAUCCUUCUUUGAUCACGAGGGACUGCCGUACUGCGAGACGCACUACCAUGCCAAGCGAGGAUCCCUGUGCGCCGGGUGCUCCAAACCCAUCACCGGACGCUGCAUCACGGCCAUGUUCAAGAAAUUCCACCCGGAACACUUCGUCUGCGCCUUCUGCCUAAAGCAGUUGAAUAAGGGCACUUUCAAGGAGCAGAAGGACAAGCCAUACUGCCACACCUGCUUCGACAAGAUAUUCGGAUGAAGAUAUUCGCAGCUGCCAAACUCUAGUUAUGCAUAUAAUACUGUUUUUUAUACGAUUUACGAACCCAAUCAAAAACGCACAAGCCCCCCACACACACACACCCACACACCCGUACACCUACUUACCGUGCAUCUGUGCUUUGUAUAACCGAGUCAAUUUAGUAAUUUAAUUAACGCCAUCCGAACAGGAUAUGAUAAUAGAAUGCGAUCGUAAUCAAUUAGCAGACACUAAUCCUAAUCAAUAAUGUUGGUCACUUUGAUAUUGCUACUCGUUCGACAUGAAAAGACCAUAGAACCGAAUGAUAAAUAAAUAAGAGAAACCA